AUGGCCAAAAAGACAUAUGAUCUAUUGUUCAAAUUGCUGCUGAUCGGCGACUCCGGUGUCGGCAAAACCUGCAUUUUAUUUCGGUUCUCCGACGACGCCUUUACGACCACUUUUAUUUCAACAAUCGGUAUUGAUUUUAAAAUAAAAACUGUGGACCUGAGGGGCAAGAAAAUCAAACUGCAGAUAUGGGACACUGCCGGUCAGGAGAGGUUCCACACAAUCACCACCUCCUAUUACAGGGGAGCCAUGGGCAUCAUGUUAGUUUACGAUAUAGCUAAUGAAAAGAGUUUUGAAAAUAUAGUGAAAUGGUUGAGAAACAUUGAUGAGCAUGCAAACGAGGACGUAGAGAAGAUGAUUCUUGGUAAUAAAUGUGAUAUGGAUGAUAAGAGGACAGUCAGUAAAGAAAGAGGAGAGGCUAUUGCGCGCGAGCAUAGUAUAAGAUUCAUGGAAACCUCGGCCAAGGCGAACAUAAACAUUGAAAAGGCGUUCAGCGAAUUGGCCGAAGCCAUACUAGAUAAAACCGCUGGCCGAGAGCAAGGUGAACAUGUUGAUAGAGUAACGGUGGAUAGAAGACAGCAGGCCAGUUCGUCAAAAUCAUGUUGCAAUAAUUAGGUAUAAAAUACACUUCAUUUCACAUAGAGUUUCAUAGGGAUUAAAAAAGUAUAUUUAAAAAUUUUCUCAUCUCAAAAAAAUCGAAACACGCUUUAUGUUUUUUCUAAUCAAAUACAAAUGUGACCAAUUCUCUAUGGUAUGGAAUGGAUCUAUAAUUGUAAAUCAAUGUGAAAUCUGCUUAAUGAAAGAAAAUAAUACUAAGUUCUAGCGGGCUGCCACUUGCUAAAUGAAGUUAUGCACAAUAAUAAUUAUUAAUGUAUGGCGCAUACAUAACGUAUCUGUUAUAUACAUAUAUUUAUUAAUAUAUAAUUAAAUUCGUUCAUUGCCAGUUAAUAUUACCAGUUUUUUUUCAUUUGGUAGCACUCAUGACACAACUUGUAUUUGACUUUUGCAAUCAUUCCGUUAGCAUUUUUUUUAUGUCGUAACAAAAUUUUUUGAUGAAAUUUUGAUUGUGUGUUUGUUGUGUCAGUAUUACUUCAUAUAUUGCACAGAAUGUAAAUAACUAUAAAUAUUGAAUGAAACGCUUCCUUUUUUUUUGUUGUUUUCAUACACAAAGGUUUCUGUUUUUGACCUGAAUACAAAAAAAAUAAAUUAAAGGAAAGAUGAGCAGAGGGCGCGAUAAAAGAAUGGAAUAUUUUAAGUAACUUCUAAACGAUAUUAUAUUUUUUUAAAUUGUAUUCAAAAUGUGUUUGGUUUUGUGCUAUUAAAUUUUAUUGUCUGAGAUAUAUAGAUAUAUAUUAUAAAUAUAGGUAUGUGAUUGACAGGAAAUAAUAUUGUGUCUAGCCAUUGAAAUGUUAUUCAGAAGAAAGUUUAAAUUUAUAGUGUUAUAAAAUGUGGCUUCUUGUGUAAUAUUAAACACUUAUUUCUUUUACUACAAAUACUCCAUGUUUACUUUAUAAUACAAAUAAAACCAAGACAAGUUGAAUAUUAGUCAUAAAUACAUUUUUUAAUUAAUAUUUAUAUUAUUGAAUGUACAAACAAACAAGAAAUGAAAAACAUUGUAAGUUGCAAAUACGCUUUUUCAAAAUAAAUUAAACAAAAAAAA